CAGUACAUACAGAAGCAUGACUCUUAUCUGUGGAAACCUUCUUUCUCAAUGGCUUAUACUCAUUCUCAUGUUUCAAUAUGUUUCUGCACUGAUCCUACCCAACAAUGAAACUGUGCCAGCAGUCAUUGUCUUUGGGGACUCCAUAGUAGAUACAGGAAACAACAACUAUAUCUCCACUCUUGUCAAAUGCAAUUUCCCACCAUAUGGUAGAGAUUUUGCCGAAGGAAAUCAUCCAUCUGGGAGGUUCAGCAAUGGCUUAGUCCCAUCAGAUAUUAUUGCUGCAAAAUUUGGAGUCAAGAAGUUCUUACCUCCUUAUCUCGAUCCAACUUUGCAGCUUCAAGAUCUCCUCACUGGUGUAAGCUUUGCCUCAGGUGGGGCCGGAUAUGAUCCUCUAACAGCCGAAUUAGUGUCUGUGAUGUCAUUGUCAGAUCAAUUAGUCAUGUUCAAGGAGUAUAUAGACAAGAUUAAAGAUGCAGUUGGAGGAAACAGAACCACACAAAUAGUGUCUAAGAGCAUAUACAUAGUGUGCAUAGGAAGUGAUGACAUUGCCAAUACUUACAUUCAAUCACCGUUUAGGCGUGCUGAGUAUGAUAUUCCUUCAUACACUGAUCUAAUGGCCUCUGAAGCCUCAAAGUUCUUUGAGACACUUUAUGGAAUGGGAGCUAGAAGGAUCGGAGUGUUUGGUAUACCAGCUAUAGGGUGUGUGCCCUCUCAAAGAACAAUGGCUGGAGGCUUAGAUAGAGCAUGUGUAGAAUCUUCUAAUGAAGCGGCGAUGCUCUUCAAUUCGAAGCUUUCUUCUAAAAUGGAUGCCCUUGGAAAGAAGUUACCAGACGCUAGACUUGUUUACCUUGAUUCUUACAAUGGAUUGCUAAAAAUGAUUAGAGAACCUGCUAAAUAUGGUUUCGAAGUGACAGAGAAAGGAUGCUGCGGCACAGGGAAUAUAGAAGUGAGCAUUUUGUGCAACCGCUACAUCAUAAACACAUGCUCCAACUCUUCUGACUACAUAUUUUGGGACAGCUAUCAUCCAACAGAGCAGGCUUACUAUGUUCUUAGUACUUUAACACUCGAUGAAAAAGUUAAGCAUUAUCUGUGCACUUUUAAGGAAGCACACUACAUGCAUGAACAAAGUUUCGUGAGAAACUUGAAGACUAAAUCAGUUGCCUUGCUUAAAUACCUAACACCAACGGCCAAAUCACAAACAAAUUACAGCAAGUUUGCAAUUCCUGCUGUCAUAGCUUUUGGUGAUUCAAUCUUGGAUACUGGGAACAACGAUUAUAUUGAGACCAUAAUGAAGGCAGAUUUCAGACCAUAUGGGAGGGAUUUCUUCGGAGGAAAACCCACAGGGAGAUUUAGCAAUGGCAGGAUCCCUUCAGACUUUUUAGUUGAAAAGUUUGGAAUAAAGGAGACUCUGCCACCCUAUCUUGAUCCAACUCUGGAGAUUGAAGACCUAUUAACUGGGGUGUCUUUUGCCUCUGCUGGCUCUGGAUAUGAUCAUCUAACAACAGAAGUAGCAGCAGUGCUAUCAGUAGAGGAUCAACUGAAUAUGUUCAAAGAUUAUAUAGGAAAACUGAAGGCCGGUGCAGGGAAAGAAAGGACAGCUUUCAUUCUAAGAGAAAGCGUAUUUUUUAUCAGUAUGGGAAGUAAUGACGUUUCAGUAACAUAUUUCAUGUCACCAUAUCGGAGAAAUGAGUAUAAUGUUGAAGAGUAUACAAGUAUGCUAGUCCAUAUAUGUUCAAAUUUUCUUCAGGAACUGUAUAAAUAUGGAGCAAGAAAGAUUGGAGUACUGAGCCUAUCUCCAAUAGGAUGUGUGCCACUGCAAAGAACAUUAGGGGGAGGUGGAGAAAGGAAUUGCGUAGAAUCAAUAAACCAAGCAGCCAUGGUCUUCAACUCCAAGCUUUCUUCUUCAAUAGAGGCUCUCAACAAAAGUCUUCCAAAAGCUAGGCUUGUUUACCUUGACAACUAUAGUGAACUCAAUGAAAUUAUCCAACACUACAACGAAUUUGGAUUUGAAGUGGGGGACACUGCAUGCUGUGGCGUUGGAAAUAUUGAAGCAGGCAUUCUGUGUAAUUCUUUGUCCUUAAAAGUAUGUGAAAAUGCUACAAAAUAUGUAUUCUGGGACAGUAUUCACCCCACAGAGCGAACUUACAGUAUGCUUGUCACAAGUACCAUGGCAAAAAAUGUUCACAAGUUUGUUUGAAAA